UACGGCCGCCUCUCCUCCUCCUCCUCCUCCUCGGCCAUGCGAACCCGUCUGGCCCGCCGUGGCUGCGCGCUUUUAGGCUUGCUGUGCGCGGCGGCUUUGCUGGCACUCCAGCUGCCUCUCUCUCUGUCUCCUUUCGGGGCGCCCACGGGCGCCCGAGCCGGAAGAAGAGCGACCCCCGGGAGUCUUCCCUCCCCGGGGCCCGAGCAACUUUCCCAACCGGUCCAGCCCAAGCCCCCUCCAGAUCCCUCAGCGCCAGGAGAAUGGGGCAAGGCCUCCCACCUGAGCUUGGAUGGGGAACAGAAGCGCCAGGAGGAAAGCUUGCUGGAUCGCUAUGCCAUCAACAUCUAUGUGAGCGACCGCAUCUCCCUCCACCGUCACAUCAAGGAUGGGCGGAUGCCCGAGUGCCGAGCCAAGGUCUACGAUUACCGCCAUCUGCCCACCACCUCAGUGGUCAUCGCCUUUUACAACGAGGCCUGGUCCACCCUCCUGCGGACGGUCCACAGCGUCCUGGAAACCAGCCCAGCCGUUGUCCUCAAAGAGGUCAUCCUGGUGGAUGACCUCAGCGACCGGGCGUACCUGAAGGCCCAGCUGGAGGCCUACCUCAGCCGCCUGCCCAGGGUGCGGCUGAUCCGCACCCAGAAGCGGGAAGGGCUGGUGCGGGCCCGGCUGAUCGGCGCCACCUUCGCCACCGGUGAAGUCCUCACCUUCCUGGAUUGCCACUGCGAGUGUGUCCCUGGGUGGCUGGAGCCCUUGCUGGAACGCAUCGCCGAGAACGAUUCCGUCGUCAUCUGCCCAGUCAUCGACACUAUCGAUUGGAACACUUUCGAGUUUUACAUGCAGUCCGGUGAGCCCAUGAUCGGUGGCUUUGACUGGCGUCUCACCUUCCAGUGGCAGGUGGUGCCCGACUACGAGCGGCGACGCCGGAAGUCCAAAGUGGACUCCAUCCGCUCGCCCACCAUGGCCGGCGGCCUGUUUGCCGUCAGCAGAAAAUACUUCGAGUAUCUCGGCACAUAUGACACUGGGAUGGAUGUCUGGGGUGGGGAGAACUUGGAGCUCUCUUUCCGCGUCUGGCAGUGUGGCGGCCUCUUGGAAAUCCAUCCGUGUUCCCAUGUCGGGCACGUCUUUCCGAAACGGGCCCCGUACGCCAGGCCUAACUUUCUACAGAACACCGCCCGAGCCGCCGAAGUCUGGAUGGACCACUACAAAGAACAUUUCUACAAUCGGAAUCCUCCAGCACGGAAGGAGAACUUUGGCGAUCUCUCCGAACGGAAAGUCUUACGGCAGCGUCUGCAGUGUAAGGAUUUCGACUGGUACUUAAAAACCGUCUUCCCCAAUUUACAUGUCCCAGAGGAUCGGCCCGGCUGGCACGGCGCCAUCCACAACCUGGGCAUCUUGUCCGAAUGUUUGGAUUACAACUCACCGGAACACAAUCCCACCGGGGCCCACGUGAGCCUUUUCGGAUGCCACGGCCAAGGUGGCAACCAGUUCUUUGAAUACACCUCCAAUCUGGAAAUCCGUUUCAACUCGGUGACUGAACUCUGUGCCGAAGUGCCGGAGCAGAAGGAUUUUGUCGGCAUGAGAAAUUGUCCAAAAGAUAAGUCUCCCGUGCCAGAAAUCAUCAUCUGGCAUUUUAAGAAAGAUGGCACCAUCUACCACCCGCACUCUGCCAAAUGUCUGAGCGCUUAUCGUACGCCCGAGGGCCGCGCCGACGUAAAGAUGAGGACGUGUAAUCCAUCGGACAAAAACCAACUCUGGCGGUUCGAAAAAUAGACCCAGUUCGCCGCCAAAAAUAUAAUUCCUGGCGAUAGAAAAGUUGGGGCCUCUUGAAAUAACUUUCACCAAGAUUUCUAGACGAAAAAAAAGGAGGAAAAAAAAAAAGAUUUCUGGAUCGGUUGGUGAAAAAGUGCCUUUUUUCCCCAUAAAAUGAGAGGUUGGCAGAACGCAACGAAGCUUCGUACACAAAUGGAAGUGUGUUUGUUCUGCAUGGAUUACAACAAACGGGACCCUCCCGGGAACGGCUAAAUUCGAGGGAAUUGAGGACAACACAAUAGCUGUUGUGUUUUUAAGAUUUGCUAAAGUAUGCACAAGGUUGCAAAAUGUUGGACUCAAAGCUUCAUUGGCAACUUUAAAAAGUGGGGACUUCCACUCCCAGAAUUCUGACGUGUCUAGCUGAGGAAUUCUGGGAAUUGAAGUCCACACCUCUCAAAAGUUGUCCUGGUUGGGGAAAAACUAUAAAGAAUGAUGCUUUAAAAAAAUGUGCCAAAAUGAAAUUCAACGGAAUUAGGGAAUGCCUUGUUUUAAGACCGAGUUUUUAUUCCUUUGCUCAAUGCACCUUGCUCGUCAUUACAUUUUGUUUUUUAAACAAGUGUUAAACUCGUGUUUGGUUAAAUGGGUUUGCGUAAAUCGGGUAGUUUGGUUAAACUAGUGUUUAACUAGUUUUUUUGUUAAAUUGGGUAGAUUGGUUAAAUUGGUUAAACAAGUACAUUGGUUAAAUUGGUUAAACAGGUAUUUAGUGUUCGGUUAAAUUGGGUAGAUUGGUUAAAUUGGUUAAACCAAUAUUUAACUAGUGUUUGUUUAAAUUGGUUAAACAAUUGUGUAACUGGUAUUUUUAUAAACAGUAGUUGUAAAUAAGUUAAUAAAUAAGUAAGUUUUAACUGGUAUUUGGUUAAAUUGGGUAGAUUGGUUAAGUUGGUUAAGCGAGUAAAUCACUUAAAUUGGUCAAACAAGUGUUUAACUAGUUUUGGUUAAAUUGGUGAAACAACUGUUUAACUAGCCUUUUGUUCAGUUGGUUAAAUUGGUUAAGCAAGAACUUAGUGUUUGUGUAAAUUGGUUACACAAGUGUUUGGUGGAAGAUUGAACUACUUUUUACACACUCCUUUUUUAAUAAGCACGACACUAGAGAUAAUUUGACAGCUCUAUGUGAGAGGAAGGGACAUCCAAAGCCAUAAAAGAUGGAUUAAUAUUUCGAAUCGAUUUGGGAAGGCAGGCAGAAAUAACCCCAAUUGUAACUGAGAUCGAAAGAACAAAAUAGCCAAGGAUUCCUCUUCGGCCCCGUGUUAAAAAGCCAGAAAAUAUCUGUGCUAAAUUUCAAACACUCCAGUUUGCAAAUUGUUAUUAUUAUUCUUGUGGGGGGGGGAAAAAUGGGAUUAACCAACUCUGCCUGUUUAGACAAUCGAUCCCUUUUCAAGGCAGAGAGUCUUAGCUACGUGGCAGAUCCGUGAGUAAGGAGUGGUAGGAACCGGCAAGGAGUUGUUUGCUCCCAACUCCCGUAACCUCAACCUACGCCCUAAAAAAAAAGAAAGAAAGAAAGAAGGAAAUUGGAUGUCUAAUUCCAUUUGCCAAAUAUCCAAAUGCCCUCCAAAUCCGGGGACAGAGGGAGGGAUGAAUGUUUCAAAGUUUUACAUUAAAAUAAAGGGAAUUUCACAGCUCAAUCUUGGUGGAGCAAAAGGAGAAACAGAGAAAAU